AUGAGUGACAAAGAGAAUACUUUGGAAACCAAGCAGGAAACAACUCCCUUCCUUCAAAUCUUCUGGGAUUUGGCCGAAGUGGACAUAAAAAAGAGAGAAAUCGCUACGAGAGAUUUGCUGAGUUAUUUACGCGAACAUCAAGUUCCUGCAGAGCAGGAGCAGUUCCCUGGAUGUUCUCGCGACAUGAUUUACACAAUAAAGAGACUUUGUAAUGGUAUUUGCUCCCGAAAUGAUGGAGCUCGGCAAGGUUUUUCGUGUGUUUUGCAGUUUUUCCCGAAUGUUCCUCUCAGUAGCGUAUAUACGACGAUAAUGGAGUCCAGCACUAUAGAGGGAAGCAUGAAGCGAGCUGAGAAGCGCGAUCAAGUGUUCGGUCGUUUGUUUGGUAUUUUGUCGCUUUUCCGUUCCACUCGUUUUAUGAAAGAGCCUCCAUCCGAGGAAAUUCGUUCGAUCGUUGAAAAGUGUGUGGAGGAAGUCGUUGGCUAUUACAAGCAAAAGCAAUGGCUGCGUGAAAUCAGCGUUGAAACGCUGAUUACCAUUCUGAAGUUCAGCCACGACGACUUGAUUCCUCUCAUUCUCAGCAACUCGCUUUCUCUGUAUAUCGAAUCUCGACCAAACGAAGAGAACGAGGAGCUGCUGAUUCCCCUUCCUUUCACUCCUUCUUCUCUCCAACUCCUUCUCCAAGUCCAGCUUCUUCUCCACGACAAGCACAUUGAAUUCGACGACGAGAACGUGAGACGCACAUUUGUGGAGAACGCCGAAGUGAAUCCGCACCACUUAAAGCAAUUGGUGAGCGUGUAUCGCGACUCUUCGUUCACCUUCCCGAAGCUCCACGCGCUCUGGACUGUCACGGUCGACUACUUGAAGCAAUUCGCAGAGGACUGGGAAGAGUCGCUUCUGAAAUGGUGGGACGCCAUUACGACGCAGGUGUUAUCGAUGUCUGCAGAGCGCGGAGGAAUGGUGCUGAAAGCCUUCGAGCUGCUGUUUCCUCUGGUGUCCACCGAUCAGAUCCACCGACUGCUCAACAACCGACUGCUUCGCCUCGUCUGCUCCAACACGCUCCACUUGCUGAACUUCCUGAGCACCGAGCAGGACUCCAAUCGCCGCGUUGUGCUGCUCAACAUUCUGCUGAACAACGUGGGACUGGACUUCGAUAAGCGGACGGGAACGACGACGUGUCGCCAGCUGCUGGCUUCGCUGCACGUCGAGGAUCUCGGCGACUUCCUCAGCCGCUGCUACCGCCUUUUCUUGCAGCCCCAAGCGAACGGUAGGCGCUGGAAGCGGUCUUGA